AUCGCGCUCCGUGUUUAUUAUGUGGGAGAUCGAAUUUUUUUUUAAUUUUUUUAAUUAAGAUUUCAGAGAAUGAGCUUGGAAGAAGACCCGGAUUAUGUCGGUGUGUAUUAAAAUGCACUAGGGAUCAAAUUGUCCAGUCUUGAAAAAGAUGGCGUUUGUAGACUCAAUGGUCAACACAUAAAUAAUGGUGCUGUUCUGGAGAUGAGAAAUGUGGUGCUGAAACUGAAGCAACCAAUUUCUACACACAUCGCUUGGUUACUCAAGAUCCUACAGCAAAAUGAUAUUGAUGUGAGCAGUAUCAAGGAAAGCACAUUGCGAUCGAAGAUUGCCCUACUCAAGAACGCGACAGAAAUUAAUAAGGAGUUGCAAAACCAAGUUGGAUGCAUUUCUUUCUGAAAGGUUCGCCAUCCCAGUACCUGUACACAACACAAACACCAAGCAGGCUGUUAAACAAAGAUAUCAGGAGGUUCAGCUGGCUUCUUGCAGAGAUUGUGAGAUGCAAUUUUCUUUUAAUGAAAAGUUGGCGGCUGAGGUGAAGUUGCUAGAAGCUUCAGUAGCUAAUUUGGAGAAGCAAGUGGAGAUGAAACCGAAAGUUGUGGAGAGAAUAGGCAUUACUACAGUUAGAAAGCCUCUACUUAACAUGGAAUUCACAAUCAGCCUAGGCUCAGCAAAAACUUUCAACCUAUUUCAAGAGGCGAAAUUAAAAUCAGGUCAAAACUCAGAUGAGGAAUUUAUUAGACAACUUCUAGCAGACCAUCAUGAGUUGUAUGCAAGACCUACACUUCCUAAAGAUCGAGCAGAUAAAGAUGCUUUAUGUACAUCAAAAAUGACCAAGGAAGUAAAAAGGAAAGAGAAAUCAUGCGUCUUCGCAGCCACGGAUCACAAAUAUACAAGUAAGGAGAUACCCCAGACUGAUUUGGAGAAAACAGACAUAUUUGAUCCAGAUUCUGAUUCAGGUUGUUUUCAAAAAAUUGAUGAAACCCCUACUGAAAUAACACCCUCACAGAAGCAAAGGAGUGACCUAGUUCUAAUGUGUGACAAUAAAAUUCAGAAGCAGAAAUCAGACUGUGCAAGAGAUGGAAACUCCCCAAGCCAAACCAGAUUGAAGGGUAUGAUUUCACUUAAUGAUAAUGCUAUGUGUGCAUCUAAGCCAAAACUAGUAUGUGUUACAAGAAAAUUUUCUGAUAGACGUUCAAGAGAUACAGACCAAAAGACUGCAAGGAACAUUAGUAAGAUUGGAAAUAGCGGACGGAUCAAACAUCAUUUAGUAAUAUUGAAUGAUCAAAGGGGCAAGACUGUAGAAAAGAAUCCAAAGAAGGGCAAAAAAUAUUCAUCUAAGGCAGAAAAGAAAUCAAAGGUCAGAGUGUGUCCAUCUGACGCAAGUUCAGAUGGUCAGAAUUCACCAAGGACAAUGUUUGGUUGCAAAGAGUGUCAGAUGUACUUCUCAAAAUAUGAGAAAUUGUCGCGUCACAUAGAAACCGCUCAUUCUGCCCUCCUUAAGAAUGGAAGCACUUGCAAGGAAUUUGUUUCAAAGGAAUCAAUGUCAUUAUUGAAUAAAUGCUGUUCUGUUGUGGAACCAAAAGUCGAGUUUGGUAUGAUAAGCAAGGAAGAGAUUGUUGAAGCCAUAGAGAGCCAAAAGAAGGAAGUACAAGAAAAACGAAAGAGAAAAUUUCAAGAGAGGAUAAAAAUCUUGAAUAAAGAAUUACGAUGUACUGAAUGUAAUCGUGUCUUCAAAAAGUUGUAUUCGCUGCGUAACCAUAUUAAAUUGCAUCAUUCUGACAUAACCAACCUUCCAAAGUGUAACAUUUGUAAUAAAGCCUUUCUUUGUAAAUCCAGAGUUAUACGACAUAUGUCAGUGAGUCAUUCGCAGAAUGCCAGAACCAGAGUAAAACACCCGAAGGGAUUCUUGUGUGAAACAUGCGGAGCAACAUUUACGCAAAAACAUACUUUGAAAUUACAUAUGAAUAAGCACGCGAAUAUAAAGCCGCAUGUGUGUAACCACUGCGGAAAAAAGUUUACGUGGCUAAAUGCUCUUGAAUACCAUGAACGAACACAUACGGGUGAACGUCCGUACCCAUGUCUCUUGUGCCAGCAGCGGUUUAAGACGCCGUCUGACCUCAAGCGCCACCAAGUUGUACACACAAAGGAGAAGCCAUUUAGUUGCUCUUUGUGUUCAAAGAAAUUUUCGCAAAGGUCAACGCUAAAUGCACAUAUUAAAAACAUUCAUCGCAAGCAGGGUACAGAACCCAUCCAACAGCGUGUUGCUAUGGUUGAUGUUAUUUCUCUGAUGCCGAAUAUUUUGCCAGACAACAUUCACGUUACGCUUAAUAAUGAGGCUGUAGCAUUUGUACAAGGCAGUGCAAGUCCAGUUGUUACUCUUUAGAAUCAAAUUGCUGUUCUAAUCAAAUCAAAUCGUUCCAUUAAUAUGGUGCCAUUUUAACAGUCGUUGCUCUUGGAGCAGUUUAUCAGGUUUAUCUACAGUAAAAGCUUGAAUAGAAGCCCUGGGCUUUUUUUUAGGACCCUUGCAUGGGCUUCCUUUCGAGAUGAGCAUUUUUUGAAGAUGGGCUUCUUUUCGAGAUUACUGUACUUUUGCAGACUAAAGAGAAAUACUUCUUUACAAAAUGAAACAUUUUUCAACUAUGGAAUUCAAAAUUCUGUUUAAUGUUUUUUAAAUUAUAACCAUGCUAGUACAAUGAAAUAAUAUUGAUACUGACAUGCUAUCAUAAUCCUCGAAGAUGACGGCAGUAUACAUGUAAGUACUAUAUCGAAAGAAGCCCAUGUUAUCUUGAUUAGAAGUUCAUGGGCUUUUUUUCGAGAUUGGCAUUUCUUCGAGAUUACUUUUGCAAACUGAUGAGUGGGACAUGGGGCUUCUAGUCAAGGUUUUAUGAUAUAUAUCUAUGUGAGGCAUUUCGUGGCAGAAUGUCACACAGACCAAUAUUCUUUUUUACAAUAAAUCAACAUUUUAAUAUCUGUUACUCAUAUUCAAAAUUCUACUGUUAGUUCUAGAAAUGGUCCACAGACCAGUUAUUUUAUAUCUUUCUGAUAGUUAAUUCCAAAAAAAAAAAUCCCAUUUCUAAAUGCUAAUCCUCCAAAACCUUCAGACACCACUGGUUCUUUAGAAAUUGUCAGAUCUCUCUGUUGGACAGCUUAUCGCCCUCUAGAGCCUGUAUGCAAUAGGGAUACAUAGACUGAUACAGCAUGAAUUGGGAAAAUGUAAUUCUAUUUAUAGUAGACAGUAAUUUCCAUUAUAUUUUGUCAAAUACUGUAUACUGUAUUAUUAUUAGUUAUUAACUACCUGUAGAAUAAAACUAAAAUUUGUUGAUUAUUAAAUUAUAUUACCUAAUGAAUGUCACAUGUGAUAGACAUGGGACAUGGAUUUUUAAGAAUGAAUCCAAACAGUUGCUUUGAUUUUAGGUGUGAAAUUACAUUUGAUACUUCAACAGAGAGUUGGUGGCACUUGAGAGUCUGGAUUAUGUUUUAAAAGAAUUGAAUUCCGAGUACUUCAGUGUGUUACCAUCCUAAAGUGUUUAGCGCCCUCAGCAGUUUGUAAUGGUUUUGUCCAACUACAGUAUGCAGAUUAGACCAAUCAUAUAAAACAACUUGAUGAUACUCUACAUGUCUAAAACAAUUAUUUAUUUAUUUGUUAAUUUAAAUUAUGAGGGUGACCCAUACAGUGUUAGCUGAAGUAAAGGACUCAAAAGAUGCAUACAAAUCCAGAUCAUCAAAUUUAACACAGUAUGUGAAACAUAAAAAAUCAAAAUCUUAUAAAAAAAAAAAAAAAAAAAAAUUCAAAAUCUUAUUGUUAACUUAUAAAGCUCUCAAUGGUCAUGCCUUUAACUAUAUAUGCUACGUCCUUCAGUAUUUGCAACCAUCAAGAUCCCUUUGGUCUUCUGAAAAACAUUGGUUCACUCCAAGAUGGAAAUUAAUAUCUUUCGGGAAGCGUUCUUUUUCCUGUGCUGCACCAUAUUUAUGGAACAAAUUGCCCAUUAAAAUACGGAACUCGCCAAUUGUGAAUAUGUUCAGGAGCAAUCAAAAAACUUUUCUUUUUUUUCAAGUGUGACAGCGCCACUGAACACUUCUGGAUGUUGGCGCUAUAUAAAUAUUUUAAUCGAUUGAUUGAUAAACGAUAAAUGCAUAAAUAAUUACAUUUAUAUGAAUGUUAUAUAAAUAAUACAGUAUAACAUAAAGAAAAAUGUACAAUGGGAGUUGGACUAAAUGGUUGAGUAUGAAAAAAAUAAAUAUUGUUAAAUAAACUUUUUAUAACACCACUAAGGCUAAAAUUAGAACAAGAAUAUGAACAAAUAUUGGCUGAGGUAAAAAUGUCAAAUGAGGUUUUAUUAAAAAAAAAAGGAAAAAAUCCAUCAAACCUUAUCUAUUCCUUAUGCAGUAUGUACCAUAAUACCCUGUAUAAUACAGUAUAAUAAUAUAACUGUUGUAUGAUACUAAUUUUUAUUCUUGAAAAGUGUAAAAUAUGAACAAAAUAAGAAUAUUUUGAGCCUAAAAUUGGCACAAAAAAGAGAAAUAAAGAACAUUUAGCCUAGAAAAAA